CUCCGCUUUACUUUUCUGCAUUCGCGGGUCCGCCGUCGAAGCAAAACGUCGCUUGACGACGCCAUCUUGCCUUCUGUAUUAUUGUGCGUGUUUGAAAAAUGAGUUUUUUAAAAAUAGUGCUGUUCUUCUUGUGUUGUAACUUAGUUAGGGCAACAAAUACAUACAAUGCAGCCGUAGUGGAUGUAUCGAGCCCAGAUAUAAAUAUCGGAAAAUAUGCUUCGUUGAUACGUGAGGCUGGUGAAAAGGAUGUGGACGUAUUGGUGCUACCGACUCCCCGAAAUGUUGCAUCUGAGACCGAAUUUGAUUCCUGCAUAAAUGACUUAGAUAAUUACGAUGAGAUAAUGAAAGCGGUUUCAAAUGCUGCGAAAGACGCGCGUAUUUACGUCGUCGCCCAAUUACUUGAGAGAUAUAGUUGUCAAAACCGGGACGAACUUAUAAGAAGUAACGUAGUCUUCGAUAGGAAUGGAGCUGUUAUCUCCGUUUACAGAAAACCUGUUAACAGUGGAUCGAGGUGCAAUACGACAAGUUCAAGAAUGGGACAUUUCACCACUGACUUUGGAGUAACAUUUGGUGUUCUCAUGGAAGAUGAUAUUAUACUAACAAAUGUAAAAGAAGUUAAUGGGAUUAAGAACUUCAUUGUAUCUUCAUCUUCUGAGGCGCAAUUUUUAUUUGCUAAACAGUUUUCUACAUUUUGGGGGUAUACAAAUAACAUCAACCUUAUAAUUGAUACUGGAAAAUUUAUUGGAAGUAUUGAUGGGCCGAAGUCCUCCGAUAAUUUAAUUGUAGCAGAAUUUGAAAACUAUGGAGCAAGCGAUAUCUCAAAAACUCUUACAAUCACUCCACCCACCAGCUACUUCAUUGGAGACAUGAGUCAGUACAUCAUCAGACCAUUGAACUUGGAGGCCAGUUCAAAGGGUUACACUGAAACCGUUUGUCAAGGGAACAUCUGCUGUCAGUUUUAUGUGAAGACAAAUUCAAUUGGAGCCAAACAGCAAGAUGUUACUUAUGGUCUGGUAGUGUUCGAUGGUCUCCAAACUUUGGGCAACAGCAAUAUUGCUGUGCAAACUUGUUCGGUCGUGGCCUGCGCCGGAUUAUACAAACGAUCGUGUUUUGUUGGGUCUGAAAAGAACAACACCAAUAUUAUAUUUGACAAUAUUUUGAUCAAAGGUAAUUUCUCAAAUGGCAACACCGCUCAUUUCCCCACAAUUUUAACAACAGCCCAAAGUGUAAUGAAUAAAGAAAACUUUAGAUUCAAUCCUCUAAAUAAGAAUACAAAAUAUGUCUCUGCCGAAUUGUAUAAUACAGAAAAUGUGCUAUCUUUCGGUAUAUUUGGUAGAGACUACUCCAAAGAUUAUCAGACUUCUGAAAUCGGAGGUAUUAACAAUACAGGUAUUAUUAACGAAUUAUCUGAUUAUAUUUCAAGUGAUAAUGUUCAAGAGUUCUUUGAUUAUCUCUGGAUAAGAUUGAGAGUUUUAAUUUUCGUUGUGUCCAUUUAUGUUUUGGAAAUGAUGUAAUUAUUAUAAAAUAUUAUAAGUAUCUGGUGAUGGAGCAAGGAUAUUUUAAAAGAAAUUUAGAAAUAUUGUUCCUAUAUAAUAACUUCUCUUGAUUCUUGAAAUAUUUGUCAUUUUAAAAGAUAAACUCAACAAAAGUUUUUCUUAAUAUAAAUAAGUUCCUUGGUUUUGUAAACUAUAUUUAAUUGUAUGAUUUGAAUUACUUAUUUGAGGUCACCCCUUUCAGGAUU